AAUAUCUGAGUCGCUCACCAACAGUUUUCGGAUAUCGAGCAUUAUUAUUUUUGUUCAAAAUGUGUGUUCCUGUGUAGACUCACAUUUUAAUUUCUAGCCUUCUUUUGGUUUUGUUUCUGGAAUCAAACAUGGCACGACGAGGAUGCGGAGCGUGGUUGGAGCGCCUGGUCUUUCUCAUUGUUUGUCUGAAUCUUACUUUUCAUUUUGCUGGGGCACAGCUACGAUAUACUAUCCCCGAGGAGCUGACGGUGGGUGCUGUUGUUGGAAAUAUCGCUAAAGAUUUGGGGCUGGAUAUCAGUGCUUUGAAUGCUAGAGGAUUUCGCAUCGUGUCCGGAUCGACUGAACCCAUGUUUCAGCUGAACAAUAACGGCAUCUUGCACGUGAACCGAAAAAUAGACAGAGAGGAGGUGUGCGAGCGGAUCAGUACCUGCGUUAUCAACAUAAAGACCGUGCUGGAGAAUCCGUUAGAGGUGCAUUACGUCGCCAUUGAGGUUUUGGAUGUAAACGAUCACUCUCCCACCUUCUCCGACAACGAGACGCAGCUAGAGAUAUCGGAAUCUGCUUUACCUGGGGCACGGUUUCAGCUACAGGGCGCCCAUGAUCCUGACAGCGACAUUUAUUCUAUUCAAACGUAUAAGCUCAGUCAAAAUGACCAUUUCCGCCUGGAGGUUAAAGAUAGAGGACAUGAUGGGAAGAUUCCUGUUUUGUAUCUGCAUAAAGCGCUGGACAAAGAAACUGCAAGAAGUCAUAGAUUACUACUGACAGCUGUUGAUGGAGGAAAACCUGCUAAAUCAGGAAAUAUGAGAAUCAUAAUUAAUGUCUUAGAUGUAAAUGACAAUAUGCCAGUUUUUACCAAAGAGUCAUAUGAUGCGGUGCUGAAUGAAAAUUCACCACUUGGCACAACUAUCAUGCAAGUCAAUGCCACAGAUUUAGAUGAUGGUUUAAAUGGGGAGGUUGUUUAUUCCUUUGGGAAUAAUGUAAAUAAUAAAUUACGCAAACUUUUUGAAGUUGACGCUAAUACUGGUGAAAUUAUUGUGAAAGGAUUGAUAGACUUUGAAGCAAAAGACAGCUAUGAAAUAGACAUCAAAGCCUCAGAUAAAGGACCGGUCCCCUUAGCAACAGAAAAAAGUGUUAAAAUAACUAUUGUGGAUUUGAAUGACAACGCACCUGAGAUUGAAGUGACAUCCUUCUCAAGUGCAAUUCCAGAGGACUCCAAACCUGGAACGACAGUAGCAUUGAUAAGUGUGAAUGAUAAUGAUUCAGGCUUAAAUGGAAAGGUAAUCUGUUUCAUAAGCGAGGAUGUACCUUUUACAUUAACACCAUCUUUACAAGACAAUAUGUAUUCUAUAGUCACCAAGUCUCUGCUGGAUAGGGAGCAUCAGUCCAAAUAUGAUGUAACAAUAGUUGCUAAAGAUGCUGGUGAAAAACCUUUGUCAUCUCACAGGACGAUAAGUGUGACUGUAUCAGAUGUGAAUGAUAACAGCCCAGAGUUUUCAACAAAUCCAUACACUUUUUAUGUUGUUGAGAACAAUGUUGCAGGAGCCUCCUUAUUUUCAGUGAGCGCUUCUGAUUGUGAUGAGGGUGAUAAUGCUCUCAUAUCAUAUAGUAUUGCGAGAAAUGGGGAUGAACCCAAAAAAAUUACAUCAUUUCUCAACAUAAACUCUGAAAAUGGAGAUAUUUUGUCAUUGAAAAGUUUUGAUUUUGAGACACUGAAAACUUUCCAGUUCCAAGUUGUCGCCACAGAUUCAGGAACUCCGUCACUAAGCAACAACGUGACAGUGAACGUGUUCAUUCUGGAUCAGAACGACAACGCUCCAGUCAUCCUGUAUCCAGUCAGCUCCAACGGUUCUGCUGAAGGUGUGGAGGAGAUUCCCCGCAAUGUCAACGCAGGACACUUGGUGACUAAAGUCAGAGCCUAUGACGCUGAUAUAGGAUAUAACGGCUGGUUACUCUUUUCACUGCAGGAAGUCACUGACCACAGUCUCUUUGCUUUGGACCGCUAUACAGGACAGAUCAGAACACUUCGCUCAUUCACAGAGACAGACGAGGCUGAGCAUAAACUGCUCAUACUGGUCAAAGACAAUGGCAACGUUUCACUCUCAGCAACAGCUACUGUCAUUGUCAAACUUGUGGAGCCCAGAGAGGCUUUUGCAGCUUCUGAUGUUAAAAGUGCAACUAAAGUUGACGAGGAGGACAAUGUGACAUUUUACCUCAUGAUAACUUUGGGCUCAGUUUCUCUACUUUUUAUCAUCAGUAUCAUCGUGCUGAUUGCAAUGCAGUGCUCCAAAUCCACAGACUAUACUUCCAAAUAUCUCCAAGAGGCUAAUUAUGAUGGGACACUGUGUCACAGCAUCCAGUACAGAUCUGGAGACAAACGCUACAUGUUAGUUGGACCCAGGAUGAGUAUAGGAUCUACUAUAGUCCCUGGCAGCCAUGCCAACACAUUGGUGCUCCCUGACAAGAGACGUACUUCUGAGGAGGUAAGGGAGAUCACCUUAUUUCAAGGCAGUUCUGGUAUGAAGGCUACUGAUACACGAGACACAGAUCCUAUAAAUUUAAGUGUCCCAAAAGUACUGAAUCACACCACCUAA